AUGGGAGAAGGUAGCUUGGAACCGUGGUUCCUCUCAGUGGUCUACGGCAGCCCCAACCUUCAAUUGCGAAGGAGGUUGUUCUCCGAUUUGUCAAGUCAGAUCUUUGGCAUACAAGGACCCUGGAUGUCAGUAGGAGACUACGACACGGCAGCCUCCCGGAGCGAAGUUAGCAAUCUAGAGACUUUCAAUUUGUCCAGAUGCUCGGAGUUCAACGAUUGGAUAUUCCGUGAAGGGUUGAUUGAUCUAGGAUUCACGGGUUCAAGCUUUACUUGGAUGAGGGGUGUAAAUACUACAACUUUCAAGGUGUUAACUGGAAAAAAGUUCAAGUUCAACUAUGCUUGGACUACACACCCCAAGUUCAUGGACCUUAUAAGACAGUAUUGGAUCCCAGGAGGGGACUUGGAGGCAAACACGGAGACUACGGCUACGGCCCUUCAAGACUGGAACAGGAGCGUCUUUGGGAAUAUUUUCCAAAGGAAAAAUUGCAUUUUGUCUAGGAUCAAUGGUGUGCAGCGCAGCUUGUGUAUCAAAGCUACCCCGAAUCUCUUGAGAUUAGAGAGAAAACUCCAGAUGGAACUAGAAGAAACUCUCUACCAAGAGGAGGUUCUUUGGUAUCAACGGUCAAGGGAUGAGUGGAUAACGUCUGGUGACCGAAAUACCUGGUACUAUCACAUGGCUACGAUGGUGAAGAACUGCAGCAGUAAAAUCAAUAAAUUGAAAGAUGACUUUGGUGAAUGGAUAACAGAGGAGGAGAGGAUUAGUGCUCAUGUGAGGAACUGCUAUACAAAGGAGUCAGUUCCAUUAGUUCAAGACUUAGAAACAAGUUUUCCAGUGUAA